AUGAUUUUCCUUGUAUUUUUCCUGAUUUCUGAAGUAAUUUCAACUGAAAUCUACAUCCAAGGUUCAAUGAAAUGCAAUUUGAAUUCGAAUUUCCAAGCCAAGCUUCAACUUCUAGAAAAAGAUCUAAUUUAUUCGACAUCAGAUUCGAUAAAAUUGAAAGAAUUGGGAGAAAAAGCAUCACAUGUUUCGCAUAAUUUCAGUAUUAAAGGGACAUUUGAAGGAGGAGAUGGGCUUUUUGUAAGUUUUUGUAGAGAAAUUUAGAUUUUCUGGGGAAUUUGGAGCAUUUUGAGACCCCACUUGCCCUAGAAAAUUCAGAAUUUUGUGCUGAAAAUGCUGAAAUCACUUGAAAAUUCCCAGGACACCGAAUACGAGCCACUUUUGGUAAUCUAUCACAAUUGUAUGGACACUCCAGGAAGUUGGGGUAACAUUGUUCGAAGUUUCAAAGCUGUCCCAAUUUCUGCACAGUCUGCAAAUUUCACCGGUUUGACAUUCAAAUUGGACAAUCGUCGAGAUGUUCCACCAAACAAAUAUUCACAUUAUUGA